AUCUCCAAUUCCAAGACGUAUUUGUUGUGGUGGUUAAAAAACAAUGCUGCAGAAAACCCGGGUUUUUCACAAAAAAUCGCCGGUUCAGUAAGUUGAGAGUAGACCAAAACAAUCUCAAUGAAAGUCCAAGAGCUACCAGCUGAGGCUGGACCAAAUGCAAUGGAACAGGAGAUGGCUGGCGCCCAAGACACCAUUUAUCUCUGCAAUUUUCGCGUGUCCGUAGACGGCGAGUGGCUGUGUCUAAAGGAGCUACAAGACGUCGAAUUCAACAUGCAAGAUUCAUUAGUGAAACCCUUGUCAACGCCUUCUCCCGAAGUUCCUAUGCAACCUUUCGGACGGGAUCCCGUAGUGAUAGAAAGGAGUAAUCUAGUCAAUAUAAGUAAAUUAGUGGUUAAGGAACUUAUAGAACAGUCUUUGAGAUAUGGAAGACAACUUGAUUCAGAUCACAUGCCUCUCCAGCAUUUUUUCAUUGUACUAGAACAUGUCCUGAGGCAUGGACUCAGACCAAAGAAGGGUUUACUCGGCCCUAAAAAAGAAUUAUGGGACAUACUACAGAUGGUUGAGAAGUACACGCCGGAAGCGCAAGAUAUAACUGCAAGCGUGAGGGAUUUACCAACUGUGAGGACGCAUAUGGGCAGGGCCCGAGCUUGGUUGAGACUGGCUUUGAUGCAGAAGAAGCUGGCAGACUACCUCAAGGUGCUGAUUGAUCAUAAGGAUGAAGCUCUGGUGGAGUACUUUGAACCAGACGCAUUGAUGUUGAGCGACGAGGCUAUUAUUAUUAUUGGUCUUUUGGUAGGGCUCAAUGUUGUGGACUGUAAUCUUUGUGUGAAGGAGGAAGACUUGGAUUGUCCUCAAGGCGUCAUUGAUUUCUCUUUAUACUUGAGAUCAUCAAGCCACGUAUCAAAUGAAUCUAGUAAUGGCGAAGAACAAGGAGACCCGAUGACAACCGUACUAGAUCAAAAGAAUUAUAUCGAAGAACUAAACAGGCAUUUGAAUGCAACCGUGACAAAUCUACAAACGAAAGUUGAGUCUCUGACUACCACCAAUGCCCUUAUGAAAGAGGACUUGGCUAUCUCUAAGAAUAACCUUCUCGCUCUCUACGAAGAAAACAGACAACUAAGGCUCGAGUGUGGCAGGGAUUUGGGGGGAUAUUCGAUGAGCGUUAGCGGUAUGCUCAUCACGAAUGACAGAGGAGCUGAGAGCAGCAAGGUGGCUGGGAAUGAAUCAGAGUUGAAGCAGAGGUUAGAAGAGGAGAGAAGAUUGAGGCAAGAGGCUGACAAUGAGCUAGAAAUUCAGAUGUGUAUGAAAGCAGAGAUGGAAGUGGCGAUGAAAUUGCUAGAGAAAGACAUUCAUGAAAAACAGGAUACAAUAAUUUCUCUCCGAAGACAGUUAGAUGAUAUAAAGUUGAUUAAUCUGGAAAUGUAUAAAAAACUGCAGGAGUGUGAGAUGGAGCUCACACAAAAAGGGGAAAUGGUGAGUCGACUUCAAGCGAAAGCGGGACAAAUAGGAAAGAUUCUCAAUAACCUAGAGAAAUUCAAUCAUCUGAUGAAAGACGACAAAAAGUCGUCAGAUAGACGAUUUUCUUCUGAUAGAAAACAGCCUGUUCCCAGAAACAUUGAUAAAAAUACUGCUCCGAAAAAAGUUGCUCCUGAAACUGUUGCAGAGGGCGCUGGUAGCAGUAGUAGCAUGGAAACAGAGCUAAGAGAACCCAUCGCUUCCGAUUCUACGGAGUCUUUCGUUAAACUUGAUUUAGAUUUGAACAUGGAGGAGAGCAAGGAGUAAUUCACACUGGAAGACUUCCAUCUGAUUGUCUAAAAAUUGAUGAUUAGAUUAUUUUUCUGUAGAAGACAUUCGAGUUUUGAAAAAUCAGAGAAGUCAAACUUUUUAUUCGAAUUGAAUAUAAAAUUUUUCUCAAAGUGUAAUGUUUCUUGAGUGGAUUUUUUUGUUUCGAGGCAAGUAAUAAGUACUAAGCACACUGAGUUCACUUUGCGUAGAAGUUGGACAAUUUUGACUCAGUUUGCUGGGUUUCAUGAUUUAACAACCGUGUACAGGAUCAAUCUCGCCCCUAUUUUGAUGAAAAUUGAAUGUAACAAGACAAUGUUACAUCUAUUUUUUCAAUAUUCAGUGAGGUUAGAAUGAUUGUGUUGGUUGGAGUGGAAACACUCGUUUAUUAUUAUUAUUAUUUUUGUUAAGAAUGGUUCGGGACUAUUUUCAAAGACUGAGACAUGUAGCUGUGGCUUA